AUGAAAACUCACCAACCUAAACUUAAACCACCACCUCGACCACUCUUCUCCUGUGGCUUCUUUCGCUACUGCACUCAAUCUGUAAUCAGCCCCACCAAUCCCACCGCACCGGUUCUCCCUCUUUCAGAACCUACACCGCCGCCGCCACCACCACCACCGCAAACCCACUCCGAGUCUUCUUCUUCGUCUAAUACUUCACAAAGCUUUACUCAAUGGAGAUUCUCGCACACACCCAUCUCAACAACCAAUUUCCUAACAGAUACGUCUCCUGAAACAACUCAAGUACACCACCAAUCACCGCCACCCCCACCGCCGCCUCCUCCUGUUGUUAUCUCCGAUCUUCAGGAGCUUUUCCAUGUAGCUGAGCUUCAACUCAGCACGGGUCUUGACUCCGACAGAGUCAAAGCUAUUUACAUGCUUCAGCAUUCUUUGGUUACCCCACGCGCUGCCUCGGAAGGCGGAGAGUUGGUGUCGUGUCCACCGGCGGUAAUGAGAGGAGUGUUGUGUUGUUUGAAGGAUAAACAAUUGGCGAAACCGGCGACGAGGGUGUUGUUAGCGCUUUGUUUAGGAGAGUGUAAUAGGCAUGUGGCGGUGGAGGAAGGGGCGGUGGGGAAAGUUGUGGAGGCGUUGGUGGAUUUGGAUGGUGGUGCGGUGGCAGAGAGGGCAUUAGCAGCGUUGGAACUUCUUUGUACGGUGGCAGAGGGGGCGGCGGAGCUGAGAGCACAUGCACUGGUAGGGCCGAUGAUGGUGGAGGUGAUGAGGAGGAUGGAAACCACCAGGGGUAGAGAGAAUGCUAUCGGGAUAUUGGCGGUGAUAUUCGGUGGCACCGGUAGUGGAGAUGCUAUGGGGUUUGCACCGCAGGAGGAGGUGGCGCGUGUGGUGAUGCUGGCGAUGCAAGGAGCUUGUAGUGCAAGAGGGAGACGAAAAGGGGCCCAUCUAUUGAAGAUACUUCAAGAAAAUGAACGGUUAGAUUUGAGUCAAGAAGUGGGAUGA